GUCUAAUGACCUUGAUCGACCUACUAGUGCAUAUCUUACUUCUCACUGAAAGUACUCGCCAUGCAACCGAUCACCGUUCUUGUUACUGGGGCCAACCGUGGCAUAGGCUUGGAGCUGGUGAGGCAGAUAGUAGCUAGACAAAAUCCACCGAAACAUGUUUUUGCCACUUGUAGGGAUCCCGACCGUGCGAAGGAUCUCCAAGCGUUGGCCAAGGAUACCCCGUCUAUUGAAAUCGUAAAAUUAGAUGUAACUGAUUACGCCACUCUCCGCAACACAGUGGUUCCCCAUGUGCAGAGUAAAGUUGGAGAUCUUGGCCUAAAUCUUCUCAUCAACAAUGCCGGACUUUUACUACGACACGACCUCUCCACUGUCACACCCGAGGCAAUGAGAGAAGUGUACGAGGUGAACACCAUAGCCCCCGUUAUGAUUACACAGGCGUUUCUUCCCCUAUUGAAGGCAGCCAGUGCACGCGCCACGGGAGGACUCAGCUGUUCUCGAGCAGCCGUUAUAAAUAUCACCAGCAAAGUGGGCUCUUGUGCAGACAACCAAAGCGGGAAACACUAUCCGUACAGGUGUAGCAAGGCUGCUUUGAAUAUUGCCACAGUGUCGAUGUCAGUGGACCUGAAGGGUGAUGGUAUACUGGCGGCCGUUCUACAUCCGGGUUGGGUGAAAACACAAAUGGGCGGAAGUAACGCCAUUCACGAGCUCAGUGACAGCGUGAAGGGCAUGCUGGACGUCAUGGACAGACUGACCGAAAAUGAAACUGGGAAGUUUUUUGAAUGGAAAGGCAAUGAAAUCCCAUGGUGAAAACAGAUUAUAUAAACAAUUUUACAAACAUUAUUCACUUUGAUGAGUAUAUGUCCAAGCGACUUGAAAAUGAAAAACGGUGCCAAGUAACGCGUCCACAUGUACUUGUAAACUUUAAUGUACUGUUCAGAAUGCAAAAAUUUAGGCACAGAAUGUAACACCCAACUUUUAGUUACCAAUAAAUGUUGUUAUUAUUUUCAACUGUAUAUGCCCCUGCAAGUUGCCAAAAGCCUGAGGAUUUCAGGCCCCUAUCAAUAAAUUCAUCGCAUUGUAUCAAACAAAUAGAUAGGACCUCUUUCUUUAUGUGAAAUGUGGAUGUGUGAGUCCAUAGUGCGUAAUAAAAGUAUUUCUUUU